AAGGUGUGGCUCAAGGCCAGUGCCUGGUGGCCUGCGGGCGCACACGGCAGGCCUGGCGCAUUGGGUCAGCCAGGCCAGGCGUGUUCCGACGGAUAGGAGUUGGUCAAUCUUCACUUUCUCUCUCACCAGUGCGAGGAUGGACUGGCCAAAGAAUGACACCCUGCCGUCGCUCGGUGGGAAGCCCGGGACACGAGGAGAGAUGCCGCGUAUGCGUGGAGGGCUCGCGCCCCUCAACACUUCCUCCAGCCACUUCAUGAAGCCAGAUGAGCAGGGACCUGUGCCGCGAAGCGCCCAUGGGAACCGUCUAGGAACUGGCUUUGGCAGCACCUUGGGGAGUGCCACAGGCUCAGGUUCCGGUGCCCCUGCCUCCAGCUGGGACAAACAGCUGCAUGUGGGCAAGCUGCCUCAGCCCUUCGCGCCAUCCAAGCAGCAGCAGCAGAUGGAGGAGCAGGCUGCGCAGGCUGCCAGCCACGCCGCCUCGCGAGAUCCAGGAACAGUCAGCUCCGGAUCAAUGACUGCCCGGCAAAUCAGAUCGUCGGGUGGAGCACGUGAUCCUACAGUGCCUGGCCGUGGGUCCCUGACGGCGCGGCCCUCCUCCAAGGGCGGCUCGCAGAGCUGGGCGGCUCAAAAGGAGCAGCUUCUAGCGGGCGGCAUGCUGGCGGGUCAGCCGCAGCUGAUUUCAGCUGCAAGUAUCCACAGCCAGCUACAAGCCGAACGGGCAGAGCGCGAGAAAGAGAAAGAGCGUGAGAGAGAACGGGAGCGUGAGCGCGAACGCGAACGGGAACGCAUCGAGCAAGAGAAGGAAAAGGAAAGGGAAAGAGAGAAGGAAAAGGAGAAGCUGAAGUUGGAGAUCCCGCUUAGUCCUGCCAAGGUGCUGAAGCACCACAUGGAGGAGCUGACCGAGUUCGAGCAGGGCGAAAUCUUAGAUUUUCCUCAGAUUUGGUACUUUGGCGCUGGUGCGCCAAAGAUUCGGGGGACCUCGGCCUCCACCAACAAUCACUCCUACGAUGAUGAGAGGGGCGAUUACAUGGUGGUUCUGCAUGACCACAUUCUCUACCGAUAUGAGGUGAUGAACCCGCUGGGCAAGGGCUCCUUUGGGCAAGUGGUCCGAGGGUUUGACUUCAAGACGAACAACUGCGUCGCUUUGAAGAUGGUUCGAAACAAGAAGCGCUUCCAUCACCAGGCGCUGGUUGAGGUGAAGAUCUUGGAACAUCUCCGAGAGAGAGACCUCGAGAGCACCUCCAACGUUGUGCACAUGAUGGAUUACUUCUAUUUCAGGAACCACUUGUGCAUUACCUUUGAGCUGCUGAGCAUCAACCUCUAUGAGUUCAUCAAGAAUAAUAACUUCCAGGGUGUCUCUUUGGGCCUCAUCCGGCGCUUUGCCAUUCAGCUGCUGGCGGCUCUGCGCUUCUUGCGGAAGCAGCACAUCAUUCACUGUGACCUCAAGCCCGAGAAUAUCCUGCUGAAGAAUCCCACGAAGAGUGGAAUCAAGGUCAUCGACUUUGGCUCAUCUUGCUUCGAGGAUGAGCGGGUCUAUACGUACAUUCAGAGCCGCUUUUAUCGGUCUCCGGAGGUGAUUCUGGGAAUUCCGUAUGACAUGGCCAUUGACAUGUGGUCGUUUGGAUGCAUCCUGGCAGAGCUCUACACGGGCUAUCCACUCUUCCCAGGCGAGAACGAGGUGGAGCAGCUCGCCUGCAUCAUGGAGAUCUUUGGCGUGCCUCCUACCAAGAUCCUUGACGGAGCUUCCAGGAUCAAGAUGUUCUUCGAUGCACAUGGCAAUCCUCGGCUGGUGCCCAACAGCCGGGGCAAGAUCCGCAAACCUGGCGCCAAGGAAUUGCAAUCGGUUCUCCGGACCUCUGAGGGGAAGUUCGUGGAUUUCCUCCUGGGCUGCCUGCAGUGGGAGGCACCCCAGCGAUUCAGUCCAGAAGAUGCACUGCAGCAGGAGUGGAUUUUGGAGUGCUAUGCAAAGCAUGCCCGCGAUGCGGCACCUGGCAGGAUGCCGGACGCACCUGCCUCCUCGAGGACUCGCGGAGGCGCUGCAGCCGACAGCCAUCGGAGUCGCCGCGGCGUGCAGCAGAUGUCAUCCACAGGCGGCUUCGGCAGCACCGGAGGUUUCGGUGCCACCACCGGUGGCUCAGGCACCAACCUCACUUUUCCGCCCAUCGAGGGCUCAGGUGGACUGCUGCCGAAGAAGAGAACGGCGCACAAGGCACCCGAGCAAGGAUCUACAGGGGUUGGAUCUGGCUCCACUGGUCUGAUGGCGUCAGGCCUAGGCUCACUGAGCCAAAGCCUUGCCGCAAACGCGCAGCCGAACGAAGCCAACGGCUUUGAGUUCUGAUGUGCAGCUCAGUUCAAGGCUGCCUCCUCGCAAAUGCCUGAGGCAUGCACCGGAGGCGCCUUCUUAGCCUGGAAAGGGAACUUGGUGGCAGUUGGCCACACCUUGAGAACACUUCGGCCAAGUGGCAAGUGGCUGUUCCGUACCAACUGCCACACCGGCAGGGCACAAGCUGUGACAGCUUUAGCCGAACGCCGAAUUGCAGCAUUUUAGAGGCAGGCGCCAACACGGGCCUGUUGCCAUUGCCUGCGCAAGACUAGCACUGGCCUGGGAUCCGGGAGA